GACAUCGGACCAUUGAACUCGGCGGUCACGGAUCAGCAAGAACCUACUUGACAACCGUGAACAAAAUCUGAUUUGCAUGAGUGGCUUCAUCCUUGUGUGUUGCAAAGCAUAUAUUGCACCCCGACUUGAUGUCCAUCCUCUACUGUCACACGGCUGCGCUCACCAUAGGCGAAGUCAACCGAUACACCGUCACAGUAUCUACGCAAAAGCUUAAGGAAGCCGGUAUCACCCUACAGAAGGGCAAGAUAUGGGUUCGUAUCAGGAAUGCCUGCAGCAAGGUCUUGCGGGCAGCUUAUCUUACCGGACCAUACGUACUUGCGGCAAGCGUGACAUCGUCUACCUAUUCGAUGCGUGAGCAGACACCUCCAUGGGAUACUCCAGCCUAUGAUCCGCACAUCAAAGCGGGAUCCUCAUUUUACACAACUCUAUACGCUUCGCCUGCCGUCGCGGCAGGGCCUCACGAAGAUCGGACGUUUACUUUUGACUUAUCAACUCAAGUACUAUUCACACAUGCUCAUGUAGAGUACGAGAUAACGCUGGCGUCCUCCUCCGCCGCACUUCGUCGUCCAUCCAAGACCGAACCUCAUCAAGCUGUUUCGGUCAAGAUGGAAGAUACCCAUGAGCUAUGGCGCACACCUGAACUGGAACGAGGAGUACAUGAUGAUAUUCAUCUCGUCGUUAUCUCCCACGGGUUGCAAUCAAAUACGGGCGCCGAUAUGCUCUACAUGAAGCAGCAGAUCGAACACGAAGCUGGCGUGAAAAAGUUUCCCAAGGGGGGAGUUGUAGUGAGUGGCUUCACGGACAACUCGUGUCGAACGUUGAGAGGGGUCAAAUACCUUGGCCGGAGAGUUGCUGAAUGGGUACUCAAGGAGACGCGGUGGUACGAGCUUGAGAAGACGGAUGAAGUAGACUGGGUACCGUACUCGCGCAUCAGCUUCAUUGGACAUUCCCUCGGAGGCCUUGUGCAGACAUACGCCCUUGGUUAUAUCUAUGAUCGCACAAGAGGGGAGUUCUUUAACCGCAUUCGACCAGUUAAUUUUGUCACUCUUGCGAGUCCAUGGCUUGGCGUGAGUGCUGAAAACCCUGGAUACGUCAAGCUCGCCCUUGAUCUCGGAGUCCUUGGGAAGACGGGACAAGACCUCGGACUUACUUUCCGUCCUAACCAGCAGUUCCAACAACUAUCUGGAGAUAAGCCAGUGCGAAUACGUGACCAUCGCCCUUUAUUACGCAUCAUGGCUUUGGAGGAUGGACCUUGUCAUGCUGCAGUGAGGCUGUUUAAGUUACAUACGCUGUAUGCAAACGUCGUCAACGAUGGCAUUGUGCCCCUGCGAACAGCCUCGCUUUUUUUCCUCGAUUGGGCUAGUUUCGAAAGGGUAGAGAAGUCGCGGGCAAAGAGUCUCUGGCACACAGGACAAGGAUUAUGGCAUACACUCGGACCUGGUGUCGGCCCUAGUCAUCGAAGCGCAACCCUAACUGGCUUCGUAAGAAACAAGUUUAGAGGAUCAGAUGACGAGUCGGACAGAGAAAAUGUGGAAGGAGAACAAUUGAAAUCUCAGAACAGGAGAUGGGAGUUUCUGAAACAGCGUUUCCCGUUGCCGAGCCGGAAGGAUGCCGAGGACGCUCAGUCGAAGACAGGUAACAUCGAAGAAGCAACGCCGGAAAACCCAAAGAGUGGUUGGGAUACGCUAUUGCACCACAUUUUGCCUGGAACGAAAAGCCCUUCUCCCGGGUCAACGCGCAGAAAUUCACCGACGGACCUUACGUUCCAGUUGGCUCAACCAAAGGGGAUUCCCAUGCCUCCUCCUGGAUACAUAUCAGAACAAUCGGCAUUUGCCUACGAGGCAGCGCUAGGCAGUGACACGGAUAGUCCUGCGGAGAAUUCCGUGAAGCCGAGGUCAACCAUGUCGACCCCAUGUGGUUCACCAAUCCCUGAUGAUGCCCGCAUGGAUGUUCGCAUUCCAGGUCAAGGUACAGAAUCGACAGAGUUCAGGAAGGAGGUUAAGCCUGGGGAUAAUGACGAUUCCGCAACUAGUGAGACGCAUGUAACGGCCGCCCCUGAGACCCAGCAAUCCGAGUCAAAUCCCCUGACUUCGGUACUCACACUCUUUCGCCCUCAUGGCGGAAGAUCGUCACGAGGCAAACACAUUCCGAAGAUGUACCGACGUUCUCAGACUAAGCCUACCCCCGAUGAGCUUGCCUCCAAGGACUUCGAGGGAUCUGGCAGCGAGCCACCGCCUAAGAGUACUUGGUAUGAAAGCGCCCACAUCAUGAUAAAUCCGCCUCUACCUCCCACUGAAUGGUUGGUGAACCCAAAGUCCCGUCGCGACGUUAUUUUCCACGACAGAAUUUACCGGCCUUCAGAUAUUCCACCCGCGGAACCCGAUGCACCUGCGGGACCAGGCUCUCCAGGUGAGAGUUCUGCUGCAAAGAAGCAUAAGGAAAAGCUCAAGUUGGAGGAGAAAAUUGCGCGGGCGUGGCACAAGGAUAUUGAGUGGAGGAAAGUACUUGUUCGGCUGGAGCCUGACGCCCACAACAAUAUCGUCGUGAGGAGGCAGUUUGCCAACGCUUUUGGUUGGGGUGUUGUCGAGCACCUAGUGCAGGAGCACUUUGCAGUGAACGAGGAAGAUGUGACAUCCAGGGAGAAUGAGGAUAUCACCGACUCAGCCGAAAUCCGACCACAACUCCCACCUGCUGAAUUUAUGACCCGGCGUGAUACAGCUCCUUGGCAUGAAAUGGAGUUCGAGCAUUCGGAGGACGAAACGUGGAGCGAUGAUGAGGAUCAAGCAGGUGCAAUUGUUUUGGCCGAAGUUGAGGCAGGCAUCAUUCCGGGAUAGGUGCACGGCGUUAGUUUUUCUUUGGCAUUUUUGAUACUAAUCUAUAAUCCUA